GUCCGAGAGGGCUGAGAGGGGGGAUCCGGGAUAGCUCAGUGUGGGAGUUCGUGGAGGCUCAGGGUGUGAGGUCCUAGAGGACUCAGUGGGGGGUCUGAAGGGUUCAGGGAGGGAAGGGGGUUUGAGAGCGGUCAGACUCAGGGCUAGAGGUCCAGCGGUGCUGGGGUGUGGGGGGCGCUAGGGGAAGGAAGUCUCGGAGGUUCAGAGUGGAAGGAUACGAGGAGGCUCAGAUUUAGAACACGGGGAGACUCCGAAUGGGGAAUCCGAAGAGGCUUGAGGCUGGAGAGGGCUCCAUGGGGGCCCUAAGCGUUGCUAGAGAGCUGGGCUCAAGGUUGCAGGUCUGAAGUUAGGAUGAGGGCUCAAAUUGAGGUGCUUAAAGGCGUUCUGGGGUGCAGCCCUGGGGGCUAUGUAUGUGCAGAACACUUGAGAAAGACUCUCUCUACGUGCGGGUCGGAGGACGUUCUCCAAGAGGCCUGAGAGUGUGGGGACUGUUCCAGGUGCUCAUUAUGUCUGGGCAUGCAGCCUUGGGGCUUGUUGUAUGGCUUUUGAGAUGCUGAGGACUCAGGUGUUAGAGACCAAGUGCGGUUCUCAAGAGGGCUGAGCGUGUCCUCUCUUUCCCACAGGACAGGGUGCAUGGAGUUGGUGUCAAUGGAGGAGCAGGACGCCAGGGUCCCGGCCCUGGAACCAUUCAGGGUGGAGCAGGCACCACCUGUAAUCUACUACGUCCCUGACUUCAUCUCCAAGGAAGAGGAGGAGUAUUUGCUUCGACAGGUCUCCAAUGCCCCAAAACCAAAGUGGACCCAGCUCUCUGGGAGGAAGUUACAGAACUGGGGUGGGCUCCCCCAUCCCCGGGGGAUGGUCCCUGAGCGACUGCCCCUAUGGCUCCAGCGCUAUGUGGACAAGGUGUCUGACCUCAGCCUUUUUGGGGGCCUCCCAGCCAACCAUGUCCUCGUGAACCAGUAUCUGCCUGGGGAGGGCAUCAUGCCUCAUGAGGAUGGGCCGCUGUACUACCCGACCAUCACCACCAUCAGCCUGGGCUCCCACACCAUGCUGGAUCUCUAUGAGCCGCGGCAGCCAAACGACGAUGGUGCUCCCGAGCAGCCGCGGCCCCCGCCCAGGCCCACCACCUCGCUGCUGCUGGAACCUCGCAGCCUGCUGGUGCUCCGUGGCACCGCCUACACCCGCCUCCUCCACGGCAUCGCAGCCACCCGCGUAGACGCCCUCGACGCCGCCUCCUUGCCGCCCAACGCGACCGCCUGCCCGUCGGCUCGGCCUGGAGCCCACCUGGCCCGCGGCACCCGCAUCUCGCUGACCAUCCGCCGCGUGCCCCGCGUGCUGCGCGCCAGUCUCCUCCUCAGCAAGUGACCUGGACCUGAUGGGAUUCCCGGGCUCCUGCCCACUUCGGGAGAGCUGUGACCUGUGGCCUUGGAACCUUAGGACAGAGGGGGUUCCCUGGGUUAUUUCUCCAGUAACAUUGUGGAACCACAGAAAAAGACCCUAUUCUAAAUAAACCAAAAAUAUCUUC